CGCGGCGGCGAUGGCGGCGCGACUGGAGCGCGCGGGGGGGUGAGCGCGAGACCCCCCCCAUGGCGGGAACCCCUGAGGGAACCCCGCCGCCAUCCUGGAACGGGGGGCAGCUGGGGGGUCUGAAGGGGUUACCGGGGCCUCCCGGGGAUCCCUGAGGCGUCUGCGGGGCCCAUUGGGGUCCCUAGGGGGUCCCCCCCCGUCCCCACGAGGGUCCCUGAGGGGUCAUUGGGUCCUCACGGGACCUGAAGGGGUCCCAGCGGGGUCCCUGGGAUGUCCCCCUCGAUCCCCAUUGGGGUCCCUGAGGAGUUAUCGGGUCCCACUGGGGUCCCUGGGAUGCCCCCCCUGAUCCUCACAGGGGUCUUUAAGGGGUCCCUUGGUGUGUCCCCCCCAUGCCCACGGGUGUCCCCUCGGGUGUCCCCAGGGUGCUGACGGCCCUCGAGGCCGCCCUGGCCUUGGAGGAGGAGGGGGAUGUCCCGGCCCCGGUCCUGGUGGAACAUCAAGUGGACACCCGUCGGAAGCAGAAGCUGCUCCUGUCCCAGCUCCGGGUGCUGCGGCUGCUCCUGGGGGUCAUCGAGAACCCGGGGCUGCCCCCGGCCCCCGCCGGCCUCCGUGAGGCUGCAGCCCAGGCCCGGGGCCAGUGGCAGGAGCUGAAGUUGGGGUACAGGGGGGCCCUGGGGGCCCUGGAGGGGGCUGUGCCCCCCACCCUCACCCAGCUGGGGAAGGGGCAGCGGCUGCUGCAGCGGCUCAGGGCAGUCCUGGGGGCCCGGACCCAGCAGCAAGAGGAGCUGCAGGUGAAGAUUCGUGAGGCCACCGAGAGACGGGACGAGUUGCUCCGGCGGGUUCAGGAGCGACGGCGGGGGCGGCUCGGCCGGCAGGGGGCGCUGAGGAGCCACAGGGGGGCGGCCACCAGGGCGGGGGCCUCGUGCCACCUGUACCAGGCCCUGUCGGGGGUCCGGGUGCUGCCCCCCCCCUCAGGGACCCCCGAGCUGGAGCUGGAGCUGGAGCUGGAACUGGGACCCCCCCCGGGACCCUCCCCCGGCUCGCUGCCCCCCCUGCGCCUGAGCCACAGCCCCCGGGGGGGGGUCCGAGUGCUGGGUCCCCCCCUGCCGCUGCCACCCCCCCUGGGCCCGGGGCUGCUGGAGCUGCAGCGGCGCUGCUGGGACGGGUGGGGGCUGUGGGAGGAGGUGACACACCUGAGGGACAGGUUUGCCCUGGACUGGCAGCCCGAGUUGGGGCUCCUGCGGGUCCUGGGGGGUCCCCGGGGGGCCGAGACCCUCUGGACGCUGGAGUUGGACCCAGGGUACCCCCAGAGUGGGGGGGUGCGGCUGCUGCCCCCCCCCGAGGGGGCCCCCCCCAUCCCCUCACCCCCAGACCCCCCCACCCUGACCCGGUGGCUGGAGCUGCUGGUGGGGCCCCCGAAGCCCCGCCCUGAGGGAUCCCAGAAGUCCAUGCCCUACUGAAAAUGGGGACCCUCCCCCCAAUAAACCCCCUGCAACUCCCUCCACCCCAAAGAAACCCACUGUGCCCUCCCAGUAAACCCACUGUACCCCAAUAAAUCCACAGUACCCCCUAAUAAAACCCCCCAAUAAACCCACUCUACCCCCUAAUAAACCCACUGUGCCCCCUAAUAAACCCCCCCAAUAAACCCACUGUGCCCCCUAAUAAACCCCCCCAAUAAACCCACUGUAUCCUUGUAAUAAAC